CGCUGCGACGCUCCACGUCGUCAGGGUGUAAGAGUAUUUUCUCCUUAGUUAACUCCCGUCAUGUAGUGAAGUAAUAUGUUUUAAUAAUAACAAAACACGAGGUGCCUUUAAUUGUCUAAAAACAAAAUAAAACAAAAAAAAAAUGGGCCGUCGAAACAAGUGCAAGCCGCGCAUGAUUCCCCAACAGGACAAACGUAUUUGUGGAUGUAUAUGUUUUUGCCAAUUAAUUGUAGUUUUUAGUUGUGUUUCGUUAAUUUAUUUAACUGUAGUUAUUUACAUUCCUUCCUACAGAGCUUUUCAUUCCGGAUUUGAAGAGCGGCCUGUCAUGUGCCAAACUGUAAACACAAGUAUGCUCAAUAACUGCAGCUGGGCUUCAUGUGGUGAGUGGUGUUUGACCAAAACGUCAGGAUUUUGUCCACAAAUCCAUGCGACCACUAGGCAAAACGGCACUACGAUACAAAUAUUGAAUUGUACAACUUUCCGGACAUCUCACUGUCCUCCUGCCAAUAUAAAAGAACUGAAGAAACAUAAUUGCAACAACGGAACAGAAUGUAGCUCUCUGAAGGGAUUAUUUAAUUGCUCGCUUGGUCAUUGCAUGAAUAUUUCGCAAAUUUACAAAUGUCAUUACCGAGCUGAUGGCUCUACAGUUGAUAGUGACAAAGACAACGCAAAAUUAAAUGGAUUUUUCGAAUGUAAAGGAUCGAAGUGCACGAGAAUAAAAAAACCUUUUAGCUGUGACAGAAUAUGUAAAGAAAAUAUAACCUCCAUAACGAAGAACGUCUUCAUUUCUUCUGGUAAUAAAGUUUACCAGGCUUCUUGCAGUUCUGCGGUCGCAACUACAGAAGCUAAUGGUAACCAAGAAGGAAAAGAAGUUGAGCCUACUCAGUUUUGGAUUACAAAACCUGAUGAAGUAUUUAUGGUGUCAUGUGCUACGGUUCUAUACAAUAUCGAGGAGAAACGCAUAAGUGCCACUGACUGUAUCAACGGAACCUUGUAUAAUUUAGAAGACAUACCGUCGCCUUAUAUGACUUUUAGAGAAUUUUGGAAUUUAUGUGGAAAAUGGAAACGAGUAAUAGAUUCCCAGGAUAAGUUCGUUCCAAUGCAGUCUGCCUUAACUAUAUACAAAAGCUCGCGACUAUAUAUCAAUUUAGAUGGUUGCGUAAAUACACUCAAAGGGGAAUGUUUAGAUUUUCUUAAUUCACAUGGGAGUGAUGGAAAAAAUCAGACUGCACAGUCGCGUUAUCCUUGUUACUAUAAUAAAAAUAACUCCUUUAUGGUAAUAGCCCGAUAUGAUUUGAAACGAACAUGGAGAGAUUUAAUUAUCGCCAUUAGCAUACCAUCAGUUCUCUUCGUGAUUUCUUUUAUAACUUUAUGCAUAAUUAUGCAGUCAGUAAGAGUAGACGAUGACACGAAAAUGCGCUGUAAGUACUGUUUUGUAAAAGAUAAUUCUGACUUAAGUGAAAUGAUACCUGCUAAUAAUAAAUAUGAAAUUUCUUCUCCGGAAUCCGACGAUCCUUCCAGGAGAGAAACGUUAAACUAGAUUUUUAAAAAUAACCUAUCAAAGACUUAUUUUAAAUUUUUAAUAGCAUUAUUACACCAAAGCAUAUAUUCUAACAUGCUGUCUGUGACCAAGUAGUACGUUGUAGCUAAAAGUCAGUGUAUAAAUAUGUGCCUUUUGCGCCUGCACAUUGUGUUGUAGCCUUAUAACCUGUUGCUGUGAGCACAUAUACUUCGUUGUAUAAAUAAGUGUUAUUUGUUAUUUGAUCAUAUUUACUAAAACUGGAUGCUUGUCUAGUUGGAACGUGUUUUACAAAUGUAUAUUUAAAAAAAUAGAUAUAUUUUUUUAAAUUGUCAAUAUCUGUUUAGUACGAGCUAUAAAGAAAAACAAUCACACCUUGACUUUCUACAAUAAAAAAAAAACUCUGAUGGUUUAUUACUCACUAUUGCGAUAUACACAAGAUCUAUCAGGCGAAGCUUACCAACAAUAUUUACAAGACUUAAAAAUAUAUUCAUAAAAUAUUUAUUUUCGAAAUUUAGACAUAAAUCUCCGCAAAUAGCAACAUUAAAUUGAAAAUAUUGAAUUGUUGACAAAUCGCAGUCGACUUAUAUGCUAUAAAUGUAAUGGUCUGUUUUUUAACCAAAUUUGAACGAAUCAAGAAGUAAUGCGCGAAGUACAGCAAUGUGGUUUGUUUUUAUCAUACCAUUUUGUCAAAUUCGUUUACUUCUAGUGGCUAGUUGUUUUUAUUGAAAUAUAAAUAGUACUCAUUUUUAUAUAUACUAAAAUCUUUAAAAACUGUUGAUUGCAUCGGUAUUCUUAAGAGGCGUCCCUAUGGUAUCAAUACAGUUUUAGAAUGUAAUAUCUCCAUUAUUGAGAGAUUUCUUGUUAUGAAAUUUUAAGUAUAACUUGUCUACAACUUUUUCUAUGUAACGCAAAAGCAAGCUUUUUUUUUAAUUAGAUUGUUAUCAUCUUCUUUUUAACAUUUGGGUGAAGUUAAUCAUUACGUAUAUUUAAAAAUGAAUAUCUCGAUUAUUUAUGAAAAUUUCGGAACGCAGGUUUCACUAUUGUUUUCAGCUUAUAAAACUCUAGAAGUUACCCGGGAACCAUUGUCAAGUUUUUUGUUCCAAUUGAGAUACAGCAAAAGGCAGAAAAUUGUCAGUUUUUCCAGGUAGCUUAUAAUUUUGUAAACCGAAAACAGUGAUGAAAACUGCGUUCUGAAAUUGCCACAAAUAAUUGGGAUAUUGAUUUUUAAAAAUGCGUGAUGAAAAACUAAAAAGACGAUAAUAGACUAAUAAAAAAAAUCGCUCUUACGUUAUAUAGAGAAAGUUGUGGAAAUUCAUAACAGUUAAGUCUGCUAACAUGGAGGUACACACAGGUUGGAAAUGUAUUUAAAAUCCCAUGGGCUAAACGCAGAGACACCGCUUCAAGACAUAGGAAGAACAUGAAGUGUUAUUGUAAAAUGAACCUAAUUUUAAAAUAUCUUUUUUUAAAACCAAAGGUAAACAAUAUUGUAAAUAUGUAUUUUUUAUUCAAUAAUGAAGCACUCUUUUCAAACAGAACAGUGGACCUUCGCUUUUUUGAUAAUAAUUUUAAAAUAUUUGCCAUUUUGUAGAAACUUUUCAAUAAUCGACAAAAUUACCUAUGUGGUUUAUGUGCGCAUUAAAAACAUACAACAUCCUAACACCAAAGUUGAUAUAAAAAAUCGACGCGUUUCGCUAAACAGGUAAAAUUCGUCAAUAUGCUUAAAAAUUGGUAAAGAUUAUUUGCAAUAAUUAUUAAGGUUUUUAUUCGAUACGUUUCAUCUGACGGAUCUUGUUUGCAGAGUGGUAAUAAACGAACUCACCAAAUUUCAUAAUUUGAAAUUAUGUACAACAGUAAAGACAUAUUUUUUUUCAAUUUGUUGAAAAAUUGUUAAACCUGCUUUUACAAUUGAUCAAAAAAAAUUAUAAUAAAGCAGGCGCACGCAAUGUAUAGACAGCUCUGGAAGACACAAAGUGAACAGUAUCUACUAUUUUCGUAGCAGUGAUUUGUGAAUUCUUUGGAUAUGUUUACACAAAAAAGAGAAUAUACAUGUGUGAUAAAUCGGUGAAGUUAAAAACAAAAACACUUCAAUUAUGUUAAUUUUACUUAUUUAUAUACAAGUGUGCAAUGGAUAGAAAUAUUGUAAUUGUGUAAACGCUGUUGUUUUUAGGUUAAUUCGGGAAACUUAAUUUAGUACACUACAAAUAUGACAUAUACAUAGGGUUGGCGUCGCAAUUAUGUUUUUAAUUUGCAGCGUACACAUUUUAAUUGAUUUUGAUACUUCAUGAAAUUGCGAUGACAGUGAUAUAAAACAUUUAUAGUCUUUGCUAUUUCUGUUGAAACACCACUUGAUCGUAAAUUUGGCAACGUUCAUGUUCAGACAUACUCUGACCAGAACUCUUGUGCGGAGUCUGCCUUAGGCGUCUAUUGACUUCCAAAGACCCUUGUAAACUUGCCGCAGUCGAGAUGACUGGAAAGGGGUUUGUCCAGAUGGACUGCCAUCUGUAUUACUCGGGGUAAGUUGACAAGUUUACAACGGUGGGUGGUUAAGCCCUCAUAAAAAUUUGUGGUUAACAAUAGACGCCUGAGGCAGACUUCGCACAGGAAAGAGUACUGGUCAAAAUAUAAUUUUUUAACUAAAAUCCGUUCACAAUCCACCGAAAGCGCUUAUCAAUUGCUAAAUUUUAAGCAGGUGGUGUUUCAGUAGACAUGACAAAAACAAGGUGUUUGUUUCGUUUUCAUGCUAUAAAAAAAUUAAAAUUUAAUAAUAUAAAAAAUUGAAGUUGAAUGAAAUAAUAUACUACCACUUUUUUACAAACAAUUGGUGAUAUCUGUUUCAAAAGCAGUCAUUUAAGCAUAUAUUCGUACUGUCGCACACUGAACAGAAAACUUGUUGUUAGUUGGCGACCUGUGGCGAUUAACCCGUUAGCGGACAAAGUGAUUAAUGCCGCUCUAUAUCUAGGGACAAAGCGGGAUAUUCCGUCAACUUUGUGAGCUCCGUAUAAAGUCAAUGCGGGAUUCGCCGUCAAGAAGUCUAUACAGAAUCAAGUACACAAAACUUCACUGUCCCAGGAAGGCAGAUUCAAUUUUGUAAAAUGUCCCACAUUUGGGCAAUGCAGACCUUCAUCCAAACCUAAUGUGGAACCGAUUCCAAAUGUUACACAAAUGCAUUUUUUCGAAAACUGUCAUCAAAUGUUGACAUUUUCGUUAAUUUUUUAGUUUUUUUUUUUAUAUCAAAAACUAAAGUAAAAAAGUAAUAAAUAUUACAUUUGCAACUCCCACAUUUCUAGCUAUACUAAUACCGAAGCGGUAAAACUGCGAUUCUGCGAACACCAAAAAUUUGUCAGUGUCCGCGAACGUGUUAAUAGAAUUAAAGAGUUCUAAAUUACGCAAGAGUCACAAAUAUACCAAAUCUUUUAUAUAUCACCACAAAAAUAAAUUUAAGAGCAUUAAAUAUGUGCUGCGAGCUGGCCAUGGAAUACCUAGAGCUUUUAUUCCGUCCCAAUUUUUAUAAUAAAUGUUUUACAAAAUUAAAAAAUUCAACCUGACGUUAACAUUUAAAAACAAUGGUGUAACUGUGUUUGGACAUCUGUUUUCUUGCCAAUAUAUGACAACUAAAUAUAUAUAUCAGCUUCUCCCUUUAAGCUAAAAACAAAGGCGUUUACAAAUUUUCAAUAUAAUUUACCCGUUCUCGAGAUCUAAGGCCGCGAAGUUUAAUCGGGGGGUUCUGGGACAUCUGUAUACAUAUACAGCCUAUUUUUGUCGGUUACUUUUUGACCUGUACCGUACUGCAGCCCCCAUUAUUUUGAAUUAUAGCGCUUUUUAAAAGUCAGAAACUAAUGAUUGUAGAUAUUAAAAAAAUACAUAUAAAAAUCCCCAAUUUACCAAAAGCCAUGCAAAAUUUAAAAUAACCGUGAUAUAAUAUUUUGUGCAAUAUUUAAAUUGGUUCCAUAGUUUUGAUUAAUUCUACCUACGUAGGUAUGCACAAUCAAAUUUGCUUUCUACAAAAGUGUUUUAAACAUGAGUUGCCAAUUACUAUACAUGUAGAGACAACUGUAAUAAAUAAAUGACGGAGAUAAUUAUUACCAUAAACAAUAACUAAAUAAAGAACUGCUCAUGUAAAAUAUAUCCAAUUUAACACUGAAUUAUCACUGUGACAUUCUCUUUAGAUCGAUCAAAUUGUACACAACAUAUUUUUCAUAUAAAAUUUUCACAUUUUAAUAUAUCUAUAUACGACGUGGUCCAAUGUUAUUUGUGUAUAUAAUAUAUGUAUGAUUUUAGUAUUACACUAUAAUGACAGUUAUUAUUGUCUCUCUCAAAUAUAUUAUCAAAAGGAUAAAAUACUUUCAGAAAUCAUUUCUCUGCUAACACCGUCUAAUUGGCCUUAUUGCAUGUUCCAUUUUUUAUGUAUCUUUUAUAAAGACAAAAAAAAAAGAAAUCACAAAGUGCCAAAA